CUUGUGUACACUUGCCUGGCACCGCUUGAGGCCCCCUGGUCAUAUAACAAUCACAUUGUGCUACCGCAAGAUAAAGCCAUUUUUCUACUUUCUACUCUGUUUCUUAGAUCGCAACAAUGUUCUUUUCGUUUGAAUAUAUAAGGCCUUCAGGUUUCUCAUCAUGGUCAUCAGAACAACCAAAACUUUCUUCAAUUCGUUAUUUGCCACUCUCAGCACAAGCAGAGAAUUCAAGAUAGUCUUUCAAGCAACCCAGUUCAAAUCGAACAAGGCAACCAUGUUUCGAAAUCAGCAUCUCGCAGAUCAACUCUGCAGUGAGGAGCAAGCCACAUCGUUCAAUACUGCUCGCAUAGACGAGAACCAUGUCUUGUAUUCGCAGUGCUCCAAUGGCAACCAAGACGUCAUCAUGCCGGUGGAGCUCGAUAACAGCAUCCAUCCCGUGUUCGACCAAGAAAACUUCGAGUGCGAAGACCACGUCUACGAAGCCAUCAAGCCAGCAUUAAGGCUGGCUACUCUCUUUAUCACAGAAGAAAAGAUGCUGUGCUGGUGGACUUCCUUAGUGCAAAGUAAGUUGACCUUAGAACAGCCUGCGUUUAUUCUUCCAGAUCAUCCAUCAUCACCAGAGAUCUAUCAACAACAGAUUAGAGUGACCCUGUCGCGCGAUGCCAGGAUCGAUGCAACUUCUACACUAACGGGCGUCCGGAACAGGUUCAAUAGCUUGGCUAAAGGCACUACAUUUCGAUUCUUGACAGGCUCGGAAAAGAACUCCAAUGCCUUCUCCGCGCACGGUAGGCAGUGGUGGAAGUCGCACGGCAAUCCCAUCAUUGGGCUCUCUGAUACAUUUAGAUCCUACGCAGAGGAUCUUCAUAUCCGCACCAAAGAGCGAGAGAUCGAGAUACUCGAAUAUCUUGACUCCGUCCAACGUGCGGGCCAUGAACAUUUCUCUGAAGUCAUGCCUCGGACCAAGUACUCCGCACAAGAUUUGUGUGUGCUUUUCCGUCUGGCGCAAGCUCUAGUGCACGAGAUUGCCCAUGCUUUCUACGCUCUGCCCUGGGGAAACUCUCAUCCCGAGCCUCUGUUCCAUUACGAUGAGCCCGAAUCCGAAAUGGGACUUUCGUGGGAAAACUCAGUGUUCGGAGCUCUGCCCACAGCCUCUGAGAGUCUAGCGGCCCAUUGCCACUGCUGCGAAUCCUCUGUCACCAUAGAAGAUUGGGGGGCGCGCGUAGAUGCGAAAGACGCGGCUGAUUCGGAGCCCGCGGAUCCAAAGAGGCACCUCAUCCUGCCGAUGUCGUGGGUUAGGGACUGGUUCCUGAAAGCUACCUGGUCAACCAUCGCAGCCGACGGCGCAGAUUUCAUGCAACGACCGCAGCCAGUCUCGGUAAUAGUCGAGUAUGAAAAAUUCUGGAGGCGCGCGAAUGUCAUUGAUGCCGUUACUGUUGCACAGCAUAUGCCGCGGCGAUAAAUGGUUGGCUGGAUUGCCAAUCUUUUGUUGACCUCGCUGCUUCAUAUGCUUUCAUUUCCAUUCUUAGAACUCCAUAACUAGGAGCCUAUGAGCUCUUCAAGAUAGUAUACUUCUCUUUCUCAACUUCAAUUCUUUCCUUGCGUCUGUGACCUUUGUAUUGAAUGCAUGAACCUCAAUCUGUAG